GUGUCAUUAAACAUGAGUGUUUAUACUGAUUUAUAAAUAAGUCGAAAGUAACUAUUAUAUAUAAAAUAACGUAAUUCAUAGAGGAAGUUAUUGUGAAAUGUGUUAUUUGUUACUAACAGCGGUUUAAAAAAAAUCCUACAGCUGACAUAAUAAAGUUAUCAGUCAGCAAGAAGCAACAAAAUGGCAACCGGAGGUCAACCACAGACGCCAGACAACCGUAUAUUUUUGUUUCGGUUACAAAUACUUGUUAUCGAUGGUGGCCUCCUGGUUAUGAGAAAUAUAAUGGACCAGACCCUGACAUUUAAGUGCAUAACGUUACGUGCCUGCUUCAGUCAAGAAAAGACAACAAUAACACGUUUAAAAAACCGCGGCGUUAUAACCCAGGUCCAAUAUGAUGUGUUGUUUCCAACGGGGGGUCAAGUUCCAACUUUGUCAGAUUUGGACAUCACGCUUAUCAUUUGUCUUCUUAGAAACCUGAAAUGUUUCGGAUUAAAUCAAAAAUUUGACUGGAGAGCAACACCAGCACCAACCGAUGUAUCAAUAGAGGCAGACAUAUGUCGGUUAAAGGAUUUCCGAAAUAAAAUAAGUCAUAUAUCAACAACGACUGUAAUACAACAAAAUGAUUUCACAACAAUGUGGAAUGAUAUUGAACAGGUACUUGUUCGUCUUAGUUCACCAGCUGUGAAUAUUCAGCAAACAAUUGCCGAAUUCAAAACUAUCCCUCUUGAUCUGGAAGAAGAGAGAAGGAUAGAGGAAGAAAUGAAAAAGUUGAAUGACUAUGAAGCCGUUGUUAAGCGACUGUUACUGGCAAUGACAGACGUGGAAGAAUAUGUAAUUGACGUGAAGAAAGACCUUGAAGGCGUGAAAGAAUAUGUUACUGAAGUGAGAAGAGGUCUUGAAGACAUGAAAGAAAAUGUAACUGAUGUGCAGAAAGUGAAGAAAGACAUUGAAGACGUGAAAGAAAAUGAUACUGCAGUGAAGAGAGGCCUUAAAGACAUUGAAGAAAAUGUAACUAAAGUGAAGAAAGACCUUGAUGAGAUCAAAAGGCGGCAAGCGGCAGAUGUCCAACCCUAUUGUAGAAAAACAUACAAAGGAAGAGGAAAUAUUAGAAUCACCAACAAGACUUUUAAUAUAGGAAUUAAACAAAUGUCUAUUGGAAAUAUUGUCGUCAAUCCCACCUCCGACAAGACAGACAAGAGGGAACAAGUUUUGCCUAAGCCAGAAAAAACUGGGCUUUUUGAAAGUUUCUAUUCGGAAUCAAGUGCAAGAGAGGAAGAAUGUCAUCAAUUUGCGUCAACAGUGGGUAUGAAUGCAGGAUCACCUCGUGGUAACUUUAUAGAUACGCGAGAUUUGUUUCCCAUUACUGAGAGUGUGUUCGAGUCUAGUGUUAGAGUGGAAGCCUCUCGCUCUGUUUGCAUGAUUUGCUUUCCUGGUGGUAGAGCUACUGGGUUUCGUGUUGGAACUAGAUAUAUCAUGACUGCCAACCACGUUGUUAAUCAUAUUUUAAUUAGCAAAGGUUAUGGGCAAAUGGGAAACAAUCCAAACUGCCUUUCGACAUUACAAAGUGAGGACGUGUUUGCCUUGUUUGAGUAUAAAAAAGACGAGCCUAUUUCAGAACAUCAAAAAUUUAGUUUUACAGCAGCUGUCCCUUUUCGUGAUAACGAAACUGAUUGUGCUAUUCUUGAACUAGAGGAAAAAUGUAAUGGAACUGAAUUGCCUCGUUCAUUUAAAUAUUUUAGUUUACCAAGACUAAAUCAAAGAUUUACUUUUAUCGGACAUUCAUUAGGAAAACUAAUGGAAUUUAACCACGUGGACAAGAUUAUUGAUAUUGGAAGUGUGCAAACCAAAAGUGACAUUAUUCAAGUAAAGCAAAAGAGUUUAGAACACUCGGGCAAAGAUUACGAUAUGCCCCCACAUAAUAUUCUGACUAAUCCUAAAAGAUUUCUGUUUCAUUGCAAGUUUACGAAAGGGGCGUCUGGAUCACCGGGUGUGGUUACCUUGCCUGAUGGGCGUUAUGUAGUUGUGACAAUGUUAUUGUGCGGACUUCCGGAUUGGUAUUAUGACUCAAACGUUGAUGCUAGAGUUAUAUGUAGCUGGCCGAAAGAUCAUUGUGUGGAGCAAGGGGUAAAUCUGAAAUCUGUCUAUGAAAAGAUGUAUCAAGAAAACAAAUCGCUUUGUUAUCAUAUAUUUAAUGUCCAUGAAGAGUCUAGCCCUAAUUCAAAUUGAU